AACACUUAAACCUUUCUCACAUGCUUGUUUUGUAACAGGUUGUUUGUAAAGAUAGGAAGCUUUAACGGAAUGUUAAGUGUUAGUGGUAAAUAUUUUCUUAUAAUUCCGCCUGGAGACUGACGAGCAGGUAGAUUUACAAAUGUCUGUGUAGUUAUUGUAUAGUUCAAAGCUUUUUGUCGGAUUUGGCAUUUACAAUUAUACUUUAUUGAAGUAAGUGAGGACUAAGUUCAUGUAUAUCGCGUAAUAAUCUAGAGCUAGACAUAUAAAAGACAUCAUCAAAACAUUUUUAAUUGGAAUCGUAGCAUUUGUUGAUAAUAAGGAUUGUAUAAAUAAACCUUAUAAUAAUACCUAAAUAAAAGGGAAGAAAGAAAACAAAAUGUAUCUGUAACAUAGUGAAACGUUUUUGUUCGUUAGAAAUUAUAUUCCUAAGAUCAUUUACAUAAUGGGAAGUGAGCAGUUAAAUGAGGUCAGUGAAUCAUUAGCUGGUAGCUGGUUACUGGACCGGACCGAAAACUUUGACGAAGCAUUAAAAGCAAUGGGGCUGAAUGUUGUUUUCCGUAAGCUAGCUAGCCACGCCAAGCCAAGUAUGGAAAUACAAGUGGAAGAUGGGAAAGUUAAGAUUAUUGCCAAAGCUUCAUUCUUCACACAAACUAUGACCUUUCCAAUAAAUGAACCAUAUGACCAAGAAUUUGAAGGGAUCAAAAUGAAAUGUUUUACAAAAUGGGAGGAUAAUAAAUUGAUAACCGAAGCUAAUCCUGUGGAACCAGAAAAGCACAAGCCACAAAAAUUUCAUAGGGAAAGAAUUAAUGACGAACUUGUUCAGACCAUGUGGAUAGGAGACGUAAAAUGUACUAGAUGGUUCAAGCAACAGACGUGAUG